AAUACCCACAAUUCAUUAAUUCAUCUGUCAACCAAUCAGGUCAAUUAAGCGCGUGGCGUCACUUCCCUAACAGUCAGACACAGCCAUGGCAGACAGAGGGUACAGUUUCUCCCUCACCACUUUCAGCCCUUCAGGGAAGUUGGUCCAGAUUGAAUAUGCUCUGGCAGCUGUAGCGGCUGGUGCUCCUUCGGUUGGAAUAAAAGCUUCAAACGGUGUUGUUCUUGCUACGGAAAAGAAGCAGAAAUCUAUACUGUAUGAUGAGCAAAGUGUUCACAAAGUAGAGCCCAUAACCAAACACAUCGGUAUGGUCUACAGUGGCAUGGGUCCGGACUACAGGGUCCUGGUGCGAAGGGCACGAAAGCUGGCUCAGCAGUACUUCCUGGUCUAUCAGGAGCCUAUUCCUACAGGCCAGCUUGUUCAGAGAGUGGCCUCUGUUAUGCAGGAGUACACACAAUCAGGAGGAGUUCGGCCAUUUGGGGUUUCGCUCCUGAUUGCUGGCUGGGAUGAAGAUCGCCCAUACCUUUUCCAGUCUGACCCCUCGGGAGCAUACUUUGCAUGGAAAGCCACGGCGAUGGGGAAGAACUAUGUGAAUGGGAAAACAUUCCUUGAAAAAAGAUACAACGAGGAUCUGGAACUGGAAGAUGCGAUUCACACUGCUAUUCUGACUCUUAAGGAAAGCUUUGAAGGUCAAAUGACUGAAGACAACAUUGAGGUGGGAAUCUGCAAUGAAGCAGGAUUUAGGCGACUGACCCCAGCGGAGGUGAAAGACUAUCUAGCUGCCAUUGCUUAAAAUCGCUUUUACAAGUUGUUGUUGUAGAUUGAGCACUGAUUAUCUUGUCUUCAUCAGUACGACUUCAUUAGUACUUAUUCAUGAGUUUGAGCAAUGUGAAGCAUGGAAAUAAGUGAAAGUUGUAUUGUUUAUACUUUGCUUUCUUUCUUACUGAAGGAAAAAAAUAAACAAGUCUUUUGAAA